UGUCCCCGGCUGCAGAGCGCCUGAGGUAUAUUUUAGGAGACGAUGAAGAUGCCAUGCCCACGCCCACCCUCUUCACCGAGAUGGACACACUCCAACACGAGGGAGAUGAGCUCGAGUGGAAGGAGUCAGCCAGGUGGGUGAAGUUUGAGGAGAAGGUUGAAGAAGGCGGCGAGCGCUGGAGCAAGCCGCACGUCUCCACGUUGUCUCUGCACAGCCUGUUCGAGCUGCGCACGUGUCUGCAAACCGGCGUGGUGCUGCUGGACCUGGACGGCUACUCGCUGCCGCAGAUCGUCGACGACAUCAUCGAGCGCCACAUCGAGGAGGGCAUGGUCAGUCCGGAGCUGAGGGACAAGAUCAGCUUCGUGCUGUUGAGGAAACAUAGACACCAGACCAAGAAACCCAUCCACCGCUCGCUGGCUGACAUCGGCAAAGGCAGCUCCGCCCCCAGUCGUAGUCCAGCCCGUAGUCCAGCACCCGCUGCCAGCUUCAAUCGCUCCACAGAGGAUCUGCGCAGCAAACAAGGAGGCAGCUACGGACGUCUUCGUCACGCCCAGAGCAGAAGUAUGAACGACAUUGCGGACACACCGAGCACCGACCAGCUAAAGAACAAGUUCAUGAAGAAGAUUCCCAGGGAUGCAGAGGCAUCCAACGUGCUUGUUGGUGAGGUGGACUUCCUUGACAAACCCUUUGUGGCCUUUGUACGACUUGCACAGGCCACAACACUAGGAGGCCUGACUGAGGUUCCAGUGCCCACCAGGUUUUUGUUUGUGCUCCUGGGCCCCUCUGGCAAAGCCAAGUCCUACAACGAAAUUGGCCGUGCUAUUGCUACACUAAUGGUGGAUGAUCUCUUUAGUGAUGUGGCAUAUAAGGCCCGGGACCGAGAGGACCUGAUUGCAGGCAUCGAUGAGUUUCUGGAUGAGGUGACUGUGCUUCCACCUGGCGAGUGGGACCCCAAAAUUCGCAUCGAGCCACCCAAAAAAGUGCCCUCUGCUGACAAGAGGAAGUCGGUGUUCUCUCUGAACGAGCUGGGUCAGAUGAAUGGCACUGCGGGAGCCGGGGGCGGUACUGCAGAGGACGAGGAGAUGCCUGUGCCGCAUGAGCUCGGUGAAGAGCUGGCAUACACGGGCAGGUUUUGCGGAGGUCUGUUCCUGGACAUCAAGAGAAAAAUACCCUGGUAUCCCAGUGACUUUUAUGAGGGUUUUCACAUCCAAUCGGUCUCAGCCGUGCUCUUUAUAUACCUGGGCUGCAUCACCAAUGCAAUUACCUUUGGUGGCCUGCUGGGAGACGCAACAGACAAUUACCAGGGAGUAAUGGAGAGUUUCCUGGGUACAGCCUUGGCCGGCACAGUCUUCUGCCUUUUUGGCGGUCAGCCCCUCAUCAUCCUCAGCUCCACCGGACCCAUCCUCAUCUUCGAGAAGCUGCUCUAUGAAUUCAGCAAGAGCAGCAGUAUGGACUACAUGGAGCUGAGGCUGUGGAUCGGCAUGCACUCGUGUAUUCAGUGCUUCAUUCUGGUGGCCACCGACGCCAGCUACAUCAUCAAAUACAUGACGCGCUUCACCGAGGAGGGCUUCUCCAGCCUCAUCUCCUUCAUCUUCAUCUCAGACGCCAUCAAGAAGAUGGCUGGGUCCUUCAGCUACUAUCCCAUCAACACCGACUUCCAGCCCGACUUCAUCACCGCGUACAAGUGUGAAUGUGUCGCGCCAGACACGAUGGCUUCAAUGCUCUUUGGUGUUGUAGUUCCUGUGCUCGAUAAUACAUCUGCUCUCUUUGGUAUGAAUAUAACAGCUCUCGACUGGAGUCAGCUCAGCAAGAAAGAGUGUCUCAAAUACGGCGGCCAGCUGGUGGGAAGCUCCUGCAAGUUUGUCCCAGAUCUGGCACUCAUGUCCUUCAUCUUGUUCUUUGGCACCUACUCCAUGACCGUCUCGCUGAAGAAGUUCAAAUUUAGCCGCUACUUUCCUACAAAGAUGAGGAAACUCGUUAGCGACUUCUCCAUCUUCAUGUCCAUCAUGACGUUUGUGGGUUUGGACAUGCUCAUGGGGCUGAAGACUCCUAAACUCAUCGUGCCUACUGAGUUCAAGCCCACGCGUCCAGACCGUGGCUGGAUCGUCAUGCCCUUUGGGAAGAACCCGUGGUGGGUUUAUCUGGCUAGCUUCGUGCCCGCUCUCCUCGUCACCAUCCUUAUAUUCAUGGACCAGCAGAUUAGCGCCGUCAUCGUCAACAGGAAAGAGAACAAACUGAAGAAAGGGUGCGGGUACCAUUUGGACCUGUUCUGGGUGGGUGUCCUGAUGGCCGCCUGCUCUUUUACGGGUCUGCCAUGGUACGUAGCAGCUACAGUCAUCUCGAUCGCUCACAUCGACUCACUUAAAAUGGAGAGCGAAUCCAACGCCCCAGGAGAACAGCCCCAGUUUCUGGGCGUGAGGGAACAGCGACUGACGGGAAUCAUCGUCUUCGUCCUAACCGGAGUCUCCAUCUUCCUCGCCCCGAUUCUGCAGUUCAUCCCGAUGCCUGUGCUCUAUGGUGUGUUUCUCUACAUGGGUGUCGCUUCUCUUGGGGGCAUCCAGUUCUGGGACAGGAUCAAGCUGUUCCUCAUGCCAGCGAAGCACCAGCCAGACUACGCCUACCUGCGCCAUGUCCCGCUCAGGAGAGUUCACCUGUUCACGCUGCUGCAGGUCGUCUGCCUCGCCGUCCUCUGGAUCCUCAAAUCCACCUUCCUCGCCAUCAUCUUCCCCGUCAUGAUCCUGGGCCUGAUGCUGGUGCGCAAGAUGCUCGACAUGGUGUUCUCUCAGCACGACCUGGCCUGGCUCGACGAUCUCCUGCCCGGGAAGGAGGAGAAGAAGAAGAAGGACGACAAGAAGAAGGAUGGAGGGAAGAAGGAAAAGAAGAAGGUCAGGGGAGGAGAGGAGAGUGAGGAUGAGGAGAAGUUCCACCCGUACUCCGACUGCGCUCCGGCAGAUUUAGACGUGGACCGCAGAGUUGGUGCCACACCGCUGACCCUUGACCUUUUGCCAUUACCUCAUCCUCCCUCUCAUAACGGGACCUUGCCACUGCGCAGCAUCACCCUGCACUUGAAGAUCUCGUGCCCGUCGUCGCCUGCGAUGUCCGUCACCCGAGGCGUGUCGUGUCCAGUGCCGCAGGUGAAGAUCGAGAUGGAGUCCGAGUACGACGACACGGACACGGAGCCCAGACACAGGAACCGGGACAUGAGCAGCGAGACCACCCUCUAACUGUGGACAGUGGACAAUGUGUCCAUUUAUUUAAAACAGUGUAUUGAGUUUUUCUAGUACUCUCGACUCAAGCGCAACAAUACAGCACAAGAACUUUUCAUCAGUUGUGUCUUUUCAGUGGUUUUAACAUAGUAAAUUGUAGAACACUGACCAUUUUUGAGAGAAUAAUGCUGGCUGAUUGUAUAGGAUUGAGUUAUUAGGGUUUUACCUGGUGGUGGCUUAUUUGAUCCAGAACUACACUGUAGCAGGACUUCAUCAAAAUCAUAAUUGUUUAACGUUCAUAAGUCAUACAAUCCCAGUUGAGAUAGAUAAACAAGGUAACUUGAACAACGGCAAGAAGGUAUGUUGUUAGCUAACUGCAUUAGAAAAAAAAAAGGAUUCCUUAAUAGUUCUCUGGACGGUAAACAAGGAACCUUUCCUGAAAGGGAAACCCUCUGUUGUAGGAGUCUAUAUAGUACCUUUAACGAUCACGGCUUUUCUUCUGAAACGUGUAAGGAGAGUUAGUUAGUGUGGCUAGUUAAAUUUACUGUAAGUUAACGCACAGCUAGCGAAGAUGAGAUCGUCAAAUCUGGUGUAGAUUUCUUCAGCAAAACCUCUCUCAAGGCCAUUAUUGCUCAAGGUCAGGAGGUGUUGAUUCAUUUUCUGUAACAGCAGCACUGACAGUAGUGUAGCUGCAAAUCAAAGAGUUAUAUUAAUGCGCUUGUUUUAAUAUGUUAUCAUUUCUAUAGUAACAGUUUAUUAAGAGGGAAUUAAAUGAAGUAAAACGUGUAUAAUUGUUGAUAUGAUGAAGUUUUUUUUUUUAUGGACACAUUUAUGUAUUAUUUAUUAUAGAAAGCGUCUCCUGUGUCAGCGCUUUGUAAUAAUCAGUUAGUUUUGCGUCACGGGAAAGCAGUUUCAGGAGUUUCUCAGUCAAAUGACUUUAAGAAAGAGAAAAAAAAAAAGAGAUGCUGGUGAGGAAACGACAGUUUACACUCUUAAAAAGAGGAUCCUCAUGGGAUCUAACUGAAACCUUUAGGACUCCUUCAGUUGUAGAUGCAUUAAGGGGUUCCCCUAGACGGACCAACCAAAAAUCCAUUUAAGUGGACGUCUUAACUGUACAGUAACAGCGAAAACCCUGAAUGUGUUCGUAUUUCAAAUCAGAGUAUAUUUUAGAUAAAUGCAUUUAUAUUUAUGUGUGUACAAUCGAUAUUGUGGUAAUGUUUGCAUGUUUGUUUUGUUGAUAAAGCUGUUGUUGUACUGCAGAGAAUUGUGGGUAAAAAUCCAAAUUUUUUUUUCUAAUUCUUGCAUCUUUCCAAGCAACAGAAACCAGCAACAUGAUUCCUUUUUUCCUUUCUUUUCCUGCCUCAAAAGUUUUAUGCAAGUCAAAGCGGAUAAACUGAGGGAAAAGAAACAACCAAAAAAAAAUAGAAAUUUCAC